CUAUAUGACUUGAAAUACAUUAAAAUUUAUCGAACAUCAAGGUAUCUCUUUUUUCUUGUCUUUAAGAUAUUACAUAUCUUUUAUCUUUAUGUGAACACAGUGAUCUACAUUUACGUGGUGCAUGUGCAAAUUUACUUGUUACAUUAAUUCAAACAACAAAUCAUCUUUUAACACUCAUUAUUAUCAAAUUCAUUUCAUAGUUCUUUUAUUAAUCAACGUUCACUUGUAUCAACUGAUUCACAAGAUAGUUCAAGGUUAUAUGUCUUAAUGAUAAUAAUACACGUGUUAUACAUGUUUCCCUAAAUGCUUUACGAACAUUAUUACCUUUUCUUUAUUAAUUAAUAGUCAUGCAUUUACAAUCAUAGGAAUUGAAUUAUUGAAAGAUUCUAUUCAACAUAGUACAAGUUCCUAUGUUCUUGCUAAAUUUGCUCUAGCUCAACUUAUAGAUGACAUUGAUUUUCGAAUAUUAACUUAUCUUGAACAACAACAACAAUUAAAACAACAGUACCCUGAUAUAUGUGUCCGUCAAGCAACUGCUUCGACUUUUGUUAAUCUUAAAAAAUAUAUUAAUACAAAUGAAAGUGAUUUGCAAGCUGCUGUACUCGAUUUACUUGUUCAAUUACUUUUAAUUCGUUUUAAUAAUAGUUAA